ACUGGCUAUCUGCAUGUGAUGAACCCCAAUAUACUCACACCCCCACGCGGCGGCCAACGCCCUCGCAUGACUCAUCCCAACCGCCAAACACCCUUGCAUCCCCGGCCCCCUCGUAACCGCCACCAAAUCAACCUCGAGCCCAUCUGGUCCGCGUAUAUGCGCGUCGACAGUCUGCCGUAUCAGACGCGACAAAUUCUGGAUGUGGGAGUGUACGGAGACGAGGGGAUGGAUUCCGCCGUAUUGCUCGUGGAGGUGGAGGGAGCGGUGGGUUAGAUUUGAGAUGAUUUUGCAGGGGGAGGUGGGGGUUGGUUGGCGGAGGAGGGCGACACAGGUGUCGUCACAGCUUGUUUCGAUUGCGAGGCAGGUUAGGCGCCGUUUUUGUCCGGUGAUUU